AUGGAGCAGCUCAUGAAAGUCGGCGACUUUGUUCGCGGUUUCAGAGAACAAAGGCUGUCGACGCUCAAGUCGCCAAUGGACUUUUUCGAUCACAGACAGGUGUCUAGACCGAAAGAUCUGACUGAAGCUACAUCUCGCAUUACGCACAAUACGCGUUACUUCUCUGGAAACUAUCUGCUCAUCAUCGCACUUCUCGCCAUCUAUGCUAUGCUCACCAACCCCCUGCUUCUCAUCUCCUUGGGUUUCCUUGCUGGCGGUUUCGCUGCUAUCAACCGAUUUGCUUCCGAACCUAUACAAAUAGGAAGCAUGGUCAUCACCCAGAAGUCGCUCUACAUCACCCUUUUCGUCAUCGGCCUGCCGCUACUGUACCUCGGAUCUCCAGUCUCAACCUUUUUCUGGCUGGUCGGCUCCUCUGCAAUCCUGAUCCUGGGUCACGCCUGCCUCAUGGAGCCGGGACUCGAGAGCGAGUACGGUAACGUCGAGACUGUAUAA